AUGCCAACGUCAAAUCAGUCGCACUCCGAGUACAGCUUGAAGAAAAACACCCCAGCAAAAAAUGAGCAACGACUGCGAUCGGCGACUGAUGUGGGCCCGAGCUAUGAACGCGAGGAGAAAGAUCAAGAAGUCGAUGCUCCAUACAGAAGUCGCCUCUAUCAACUCUUCGGCUUGAUCGAAAAAGAAUUUGAUGCCUUGUACGCAGAGAAUUGCGAGCUGAAUGCAAAAAUCGCUGCACUGACGGAGAAAUUCGGCGACUCGGUAGUCUCAUCGGUGCCCGUUUCGGAAAUCGUGCAAAAUAACUCGGAAAUCGUGGCCUUGAAAGGAUCUGGGAAAAAGGCUAUGCAAAUGGGCCUCAAAUUGCGCACGGCUCUUCGUGGACCACCCGGACGACUCGUUUUUAAAGUUGGUGGAGCGGAUGGGCGAAAUUUUCGGAUGACUUCUCGUUUCACUGGGCAUCGUGAUGGUGUAUGGCACGUUUCAGCGAAUGAAGUGGCAAAAGUUGUCGCAAGCGCGAGCGCUGAUCAAACGGCUCGGGUCUUCUCGUUGGACACCGGUGUCUGUUUGGGAACAUAUGUUGGACAUACUGGAUCAGUAAAUUCCGUUUCUUUGUGCCCGACCUCGAUUCAAACCGAUACUUUGAUUUAUUGCUCGGCGAGUGGUGACGAGAGUGCUCACAUUUGGAAAAUUCCUGCAAAUACAGAAGCCAAGCCUGUUCACCAUACUAGCAGCGAGGAUGAGAAUGCGGAUUUGAUUGAGAAAGAGGAAGGCGAUAAUACGGAAACGAAUGAUAAUGAACCACAAAACGCUGAGGGAGCAAAGAUACGAAAUCCGCAAAUUCGACUCACCGGGCAUACGGGAGCCGUCGUGAGCUGCGAUUGGCUGGCCGGCGGGCACCAGUUGCUCACGGCAAGCUGGGACCGAACGGCAAACGUUUACGACGCGGAACGAGGAGAGAUCUUGAACAUUCUAUCAGGUCACGAACAAGAAUUGACCCAUUGCUCUGCGCAUUCAUCGCAAAAAUUGGUCGUCACUUCGAGUAAGGAUUACACCUUUCGCUUAUGGGAUUUCAGAGAGUCAAUUCAAAGUGUGGCCGUUUUUCAGGGGCAUAAUGACUCGGUUUCGUGUGUUUCUUUCUCGUCGGGUGAUCGCCUCGUUUCGGGGAGUGAUGAUCGAACGGUUAAGGUUUGGGAUCUUCGUAAUAUGCGUUCUGCUUUGACGACGAUUCGGCUCACUUCUUCCGUGAAUCGUUUAGCUGUUAGUCAAGUGCAUUCAGUUGUUGCCAUUCCACACGAUAAUCGUCAUGUGCGAAUCUAUGAUCUUAACGGCGUUCGCAUACCGAGAGUACCCAAUAGAAGGUGCCAUCAUCGUAUCGUUUCCGGCGUCGCUUGGGCCGAUGAUCAUCCGACGAACAAUUUGAUCACUUGUGGCUUCGAUGGACAGGUAAUCGGCUGGAAAGUUGCUUUGGGAAAAGAGUCAAAAGAAGCGAAAGAAUAUGAAAUGGUGGGUCAAAUCCCCAAAGAAGUACUCUCAAUUUUCGACGAUUUGGCGAGUCUCAACGGGGAGUGCCGACUGAAGGCUUGUGCAAGUCUUGUUGGGGAAAAGUUGGAUGAUGGCGUUCAAGAUUAUGUGCUCAAUCGACUCAUCACCGGAUUGUCGUCGACAAGAGCUGCGGCUAGAGUUGGCUUUUCAUGCGCUCUCGUGCACUGCUUGCAGAAGUACCCGAAACGAUGGAAAUGCGACGACUUGUGGAAACUUUGCGAGGACAAAUUACCGUUAAAUGAUAAGGAUCAAGCACAGGCACACGCGGUCGGGCGUUACCUAUUUUUGGAUUCACUAUUUGCUUCGGAAGUGUAUAAAAAUAACUUCAAAUGGAUUGCCGAGAAGCAGUUAGCGUUGGCGGUGCGUUUCCAGUGGCUUUCAAUGGGCAUUUGGCAGUCGAUUAUCACUACAUCGUUGCAUCUUUCACCUGCCGAUUUCCAAAAAGACGUAUAUCCAUGUGUGGAGAAAUCGAUUCCACAUUCACUUGACAACUUGGGUCCCGAGCAUUUGUUAGCGAUUCUGUUGUGGUCGAAAAAGUUUGGGAAUAUUCUACAAAAUGUACCACUUCUUAGCAAAAAGGGACAUCUCACCUUUCAUGAGGACGCUUUUCCGAAGUUGAUCGCCAUUUUGAAGAAGACAAACUCGUUGAAUGUCACUCACUUAAUCGAGGUGUUGCUCUCGAGUGCUCGUGAAACAAAUCAAUUUGCAAAGGUCUAUCGAGGCGUCGUCGAGGCCUGGGUUUUGGGCGGAGCCGAGAAAACGCACGCGCUUGAUCAGCUAUUCGACAUUAUUCAACGAAUCAUAAAAAACGGAUCGACCAAAGAUCUUCUGGGAAUCUUUUCGCCGAGUCUCUUGAAUAAGUUGAGGUUCAUCACACAAGGAAAAGCGACUCCGGAGAAAAAUGCAACAAUUUUAAAGGUGCGUAACUUUUGCCAAUCAAUCUUGGGAUUCAUGCAACGGGAGGCUGAUUCGGUGUCGAAAGAGGAGCUCUCACAUAUUGCUGCGAUUUUGUUGAAAGAGAUCGAUUUGACGAGCACUUUCGACAAAACGAUUGGAAUACGGUUUGCCGAAACGCUAAUGGCUAAGCUACAAGGAGAGGAUUUGGAUGUUUUCUUGCAAACGCACACAAGCUCCGGUGGCUCCUCGGUGCGUCGCUUGGCCUCGAUCUAUCCACAAUGGGAUUUGGAGUCGAGAAAGAAAGCCCUUCACCUGCUCGCCUCAACCAAUAACAUGUUCAAAUCGGAGGAUCGAUUCUUGACAAUCGCCAACUGUAUCGAUACGAUGUUUAAAGUCAAGGUUCGAGCCGGAGAAAAGGCGGAAAUUUUGAUCGACGACGAGAGUGUUGAACUGAUAGACUCGACGGCAAAAAUUCUGUUGAAGAAGGAAGACUUUGAACAAGGAAAGAAGCGAUUGACCGGAACGGGAUUGGAUUUUGCAAAACAACUCCUCACCUUUUGGCAAUGCUUGAGAAUUUGGGCGGCCACGACACCGGAUUCAGAUGAGGAGAAAGCCUACUUGGAGAACGCGCAAGAGUUGGUCGGAUUAGCGGCAAAGUUCAAAGAGGAUGAGGAUUCUUUCAAGGUUCUUCUCGAUCUCUUCGUAGCCUUGUUGUCUCAAUUGCAUCGAUUCCACCGAGCCCCUGUUCAGUACCUCUUCUUGUCGACACUGCCACAUUUGAAAACAGUUCACGUGAUGCACAUUAUUGAGGCGAUUGCUUUAAGUGACGAGGAGUUGGUGGGAACAGCAGAGAAUGAAGAAGCGGAUGAAGAAGAUGAUGAAGAAAUGAUGGAGAUCGAGAAUGCUAAAGUGAAUGGAGUCAACGGUGAAAAGGAGCAAAACGGAAAAAAUGAGGAGAGUGAUGUCGAGUUGUCCGAUGAAUCGGAAUCUGAUCCGGAAGGAGAGGUUGAUCCAAUGUUGUUGAGUCGACUGAAACAAGCGCUCGGAAAAGCGGCCGUUGAUGAGACGAAAUCGGGUGAAAGUGACCUCUCGGAUGGGCCUGACGAUGACGAGAUGUUCCGUUUGGAUGAUGGAUUGGCGGCUGCGUUCAAGUCGAUUGGCGGGAAGAACUCAAAGAAAAAGGUGCAAGCCGAUGCGUCACGAAUCGCGAACCCGUUGAGGAUAAAACUGUUAGAGCUGCUUCUCGUCUUCAUUUCGAACGAGUCAACACCGGGAAAAGUGAAAUUGUCAAUCGCUAUUCCACUACUCUCCUUGGUGAAGACGCUUUUGCGACGCGCCAAAGAUGACACAGUCACCAAGAAAGCGCUGGAGUUGUUGAAUGUGCUUGUUCAUAUGAAAAAGUUGGAAGUACCACGAAAACGUUUGACAGCCGUUUUGGACGAAUUGGCUAAAGAAGCCGAAGGAGCCAUCAAUCCGGUCAUCAAAAAGGCGAUUGGUGAUUUCUCGGCUUGGCUGUUCACUCUCGGCACCGAGAAGGGUCAAAGCGAUCCCAAACAUGUGGCCGCUUUUGUUGGAUUGAUGGACAAAUUCAUGACAAGUGAUGAAGCGAACUUUGACUCUGAAGUGGUCGUUGGAGCGUAUACACGUUAUCCGGCCUCUUUCUGCACGGAAUUACCGAAAUUGAUCGCUUACGGGUUCAAUGAGAAGAUUCGACCUUUUAGAAGAACUGAGGCUUUCCUGUGUGCGGCGGCUUUGUUGCGGAAAGAUGUCGUCAAAGUGAGCCCAUUGGAGAAAGGAUUGACUCUGACGACAAGCGGUGCCGACAUCAAGCCCCGAAUCGUUGCUGCAUUGCUCAAAGUGCUCAUCCAAUUCGUGUCGGUUUGCUCCGAUGACGAGAAGUUGAUGUCGUUGGCUGGGAAAACGUUGAAUGAAACAUUGGACACGCUGAUCGGCGAUGAGGAUUUGUGGAAAGCGGGCGGAUCGCUGAAGAAACUCAACGCUUCUUGUCAACAGAUAAACGCCAAAACGCCACUUCCGAUGUUGAAAUCGAUUCGGAAAGCCAUGGAGAAU